GAAUAGCAAACCUCUCGAUGGCGCAGGUGGCGGAGGCGGUGUGGGAGGCGGUGACGGGGCGCCCGUGGACCAAGGUGAGUUCCUCCGCAGUCACGCACACGACUCCCGCAGGAAGUGCAGGACGCGCCGACAACAGCCGUAAUAGGUCGUCUGCGUCAUACAGCGACUCUGAGGGCGAGAGGCUGAAUGCAGCUGGUCGUGUGCCUUUGGUCAUUGAAAGCAUGACCUGGGACAGCUCCCGCGGGUCGACCUUGCCCUCGAAGGCCGUGCACGGAGCCAGACCGGCAGCAGAGGCAAUGGCCCGCCCACCUUCAGCGUCAGCCCUCUUCAGCGCCACUCCGCAUCGAAGCCAGGGGUCAGGAGGCAAGACGGAGGUGGGUCACGGCGGCUCAGAAGGGGUCAGGAACGGCGAUCUGCGCGGCGGGGUCGUGCGGGGCAAGUUCGACGACGAAGUUCCGGAUCCACAGGUCGCCCGGCGACGUCCAAAGGCCGCCGUGGAGCCAGUGGGCGUGGCUUCGAGCGUCGCCCCGAACGACCUCUUCCAGACGCCACAGGAAAAGCGGAAGGCGGAGCUGCAUCGCGUUGUGGACCUUCUGCAGCAGCUGAAGGAAACACAAAGGAACUCGAUGGAGCUGCCAGACCUGGUGCGGCAGCUGCUUCUUCGUAGCGGUGCGCUUGGAGGCCCGACAGGAGCGCGCGGGACGGCCAAGCUCUCCAAAUGCCGCUCAUUCACCGAGGGCGCGGACGCCGGGCGGCAGGAGGAUCGGCACAACGCGCUCGCCGCUCGGCUUCGGCUGCUCGAGUACUCGUCGGAGUGCCCAACGAUCCACAGCCUCAUCUCGAGCAACGCCCAAAUGCCCGCCAGGGACACCGGCCUCCCGCUUGACGCCAGCAUACCCCCGGCCGCCCACGCCACCGCCGGCAGCUACAGCAGCGGUGCUGCAGCGAGCGCUGCCUCCCAGCAGGAGGUGGCAGCUGUAGGGGAGGCGUCCCCCUCCUGCUCCCCAGGAACGACGAGGCGCCGCCCGGCCUCCCUCAACCGCGCCUGUUCGGCCAGCCUGCGCUCCUUCGACAGGGCGCAGACGGGCCCCCGGCAGGAGAAGCAGGAGCCCGCCAGCCACACGCCUCUGAGGGCCACGCAGUCAUUUUCACAAAUCUCUCACCUUGCUCUGGCGGCUGCAAUUAUGCAACGAGCAGCAACAGACGCCAGGAAGAGAGGAGGACGUCGAGAUGGCCAGCCGCCCCCUUCGGAAACCGCCCCUCAUACUCGCGCCAAUCCGAAGAACACGUCGGAAAGUCUAGUGUAAGGGGGAGGGGAAGAUUACGCGACGGGGGGGGGGGUGAGGGGAUGAGGUGGGGGACGAGGGGGCUGAGGGACGAGAGGGUCUAAGGGAGCCUGAGGGACGAGGAGUGAAAAGAAGGGUGUGAGGAGCGUAUUCAUCGUGUAUGAUGGAACUGAAUGAAAGUGGUGUGAGAACGUUGAAUGAGGCUUGGAGCUCUGAAGGAACGAAGUUCGCAUGGUGUGAGGAAGACCAGUAAUUUGUGAGAGGGAUGAAGGAACUGGACAAAGGAAAUGAAUGUUGGUGAUGUGCAAGGGACGCAAGAAGUAAGAGGAAUGUUUUGCAAAAUCUUGAAGAAUUAGGAAGAGUGGCAAGAGGAUGAGGAAUAGAUUAUGGAGCCCAUGUACUACUUGGGAGUGAGGGAUAAAUGAUAGAGAAGAUGAAGUGACCGUGAGGGAAGAUAAUGAUUUACAUAUGGGUAGGAAAAAGCAUGAGGAUCCACGAUGAGAAGAAUUCAAGACAAUAAGAAAUUCAUUGACCAAAAUGUGGGAUAAGAGAAUGAGAUGUGAAGACAAGCAGCCUUUGAAAAGAUAAAGGUGUGAGAGAAAUGAGAGAAUACCUGUAAAUGUGAUAUGCUUAUUAAAAUGGCUGUUAUGAAAAGAAUGAACUUACACACUUACCUGCUUCAAUAAUCUUUAGUCACUGUUAGGAAAUACAUAAUAAUUUCAUUUAAUUACAUGUACAAGUGAGAUAUUUUUCUUUUUAACCAUGGCUUGUUUUAACCAUGGCUUGUGGUAUUUGAUUACACCUUUACUUUAGUGGAAAUUAUGCAGUGAUACUCAACCUGAAUUACAGAUAUACAUGUGUUAUUAAUUUAGAUUUUAGAUACUAGUAUCCUGAAAAUAUCAUGAAUUGCAUAUUAAUGUAAAACCAAAAAAUCUACAAUACGAGUUAUAAAUGAUGUCAAAAUGCCUAUUGAACUUUUGAAAACGAAACACUACUGCACUGCAACUAGGCCACACCACAAAAUUAUUCAUAUUGUUCAUUAGUAAUGCAUGCACUAUGGUAUAUACGAGAGUAUUUAAUAAGCAGUGUAAUAUAUAAAAUGAACAUUAUUUUUGGUAGGGAUGUAUUUUAUUUCAAAGGAAUCUUUUACUCUCCAUUACCUUCUUUGGAUGAAAUGCACAUAUAGAACUUUUUCUAGACAGUUUGGCUUUAUCAAAUAUGAAUGUAAUGUGUCCAGUCAAUGUUAGUAAUACUGAUAGUAUAACUCCUAAAUUAUUACAGUGUUUCAGAACUUAGUAUCAGAUUGGGUAAAUAAAAAAAUGUAUUACAUGCUAUUCAAACAUAUCCACUUUGUAUUGCCAUUGUAUCAUCUAGCUUUAUCUCUGAAGUAGCUUUUGAGUCCAACUUCAGGAAUUUUAGCAUCGUGAAUUUAAGUGACCAUCUUCCAUCUCCUGCAAGAAAACUGUUCUUUGAUUUUAAACUGGAUGUUUUUGUUUCCAUGUUUUUCAUACCUUGGUCUUAAUUGCAUACAUACAUGAACCUUCUCUGUCAGUGGUAGUGGAUGCAGCUACCCUACCAUAUAUUUUGCCUUGGACAACAGGUUAUAAUUUUGGCAACAGUGUUGUAACAUUGUGCCAAAAUUAGUAACAAAAUAAUAGUUACAGUUAUAUGUACAUAACUUAAUGUAACUAUGAAUAUGAAUUCAUGUGUAUGCUCAGUUGUGUAACUCAAUUUGGGGUAUUUCCAAUAUUAAUCAACAUUUAAGUGCCAGUUUGCUACAGGGUGUUUUGAAAGUGCUUUUGUAAUGCUCAAAUUUCCCUCUGGAGGAGCUACAUACUAUUUUGUUUGAUGCUUGGUGUCCCUUGUCACGCAGUCAGCCCCUCUUUGAAAACAUCCUGGAUCUGCCACAACUCUCUAAAAUCACACACAAGAAAACUGAAGUGAAACUACACGAGAUGGAUUCUCUCCUUUAUUGUUCAGAGAUAAAAAUAUAAUAUCUGAGAAUGUUGUAUAGUAAUAUAUAUGUUGAGAAGAACUUUGAACAACAAACACGUGAUUUUAACAAUUAACAUUUCCAGGAACAUCAUUUCUAUUCUAAGGGUUAAAACUAUGCAAUAACAAAUUCAAGAUAGGAGAAUGAUAUUACCAAGGUGAUUUCAAAAACAAAUAUCAUUAAUCCAGCUGUAUAAACUACACCUUAACUUUCCUCAUACGAUUGAAAAGCUUAAUAAAAAUUUAAAGCAAACUCCUCUUUAACUCUCAUUAUUUAUGGCAAAACACUGGCAUUGCAAAAAUAAAUAUACAUAUAAAUAUUUGAAUACUAAAAUUACAAUCUCCAGACAUAGAAUUUAAGAUAGUUUUCACUUACAAUACAAAAUACUUUCUAGAUAUGUUUGAACCCUAAUACCUAAAACUAAAUAAGAAAUUCAUGAAAGUGAAGAAAUUAAAGGAAAGACAUUCCUCAGUACCAUAUCAAAUUAAUGUGCCAUCUAAAACUAAAAAUAAGAUAUGAUAUCAUUACAUUUGAAAACAUAAUUCAAAGACAUUGUGUAAUAAUUUAGAUCAUUAAAAAAAUCAAGUGGUCCUAGUGAUGAAAAACUUAAUUUACUGUGCCUUAAAAACUAAAGAAACAGUGAGGGAUAACAAUUUGCCAUUGUCAUAAUUUACACCUAUAGGCAA